AUGGUGGGAAACCGUAUGUGGUGGUGCCGCCAGCGAAUUGACCAUCCAUUACGUCAGUUGAUGACAUUUCCAAAAGACGACCAACUUAUCUACAAGAUCCAGUUUUUAGGAUUAGAACUCGAUGAUUUACGAUCAGCCGAUUUAGGUGAAUUAAAAUCUAUGUUCCGUAAUGAACAAAUGGCAAUCAACGCACAAGACAUUGCACGCAAAUUCCCUAUUGUCGAAAUCGACACUCGUUAUCAACCGAUUUCCGAUCAAAUCAUCAACAUCAUCAUCGAAGCAUCAUUUCCAUUCAAAUGGGAUCCACAUGUUACUCACGACACAUUGAGUUUCUGGAUCUUCAUUGAAGACGGUAACGGAGAAAAGAUGUAUCUUGCUCAAGAAGUCCAAAUUGAUCGACAUCUUGCUAAUGAUGGCUUCAAAUUCGAAUACCUUGUUCCAGUUUGUGAAAGUCAUAAGUAUUUAGUUACUAUGACAUCUAGCCGCUUUUUAGGUGUUGGUGAUUCACAAUCCAUUUACAUCAAAAACUCAGACCGCGCUACAUUCGAUAGUUUCGAAUCUAAUCCACCUAAUUUGCGUCCACUCCCAGUUACAUCUAUUGAAAACAUUGAACAUCGAAAACUGUUUGGUUUUGAGUUCUUUAACCCAGUCCAGUCACAAGUUUUCUUCCAGACAUAUCGCACUGAUGAAAGUCUCCUGAUUUGCGCUCCUACAGCUGCAGGCAAGACAUCAAUUGCCGAACUUGCGAUUUGUCGCCUUUUCUCAACACAUCCCGAACAAAAAGCAGUUUACCUGGCUCCUCUUAAAGCUAUUGUCACAGAACGUGUUCAAGACUGGCGCAUGAAAUUCGGCGAUAAAUUGAUUGAAUUGACAGGUGAAUUCACCCCAGAUUCUAAUGCUAUUGCUAAAGCAAGUCUUAUUGUUGCCACACCAGAGAAAUGGGAUGCCGUUUCUCGUGGAUUUGUUGUUCGUCGUUUUGUCCAAACAGUUGGUUUAGUUGUUAUUGAUGAAGCACAUUUACUUGGUACAGACCGUGGCCACAUCAUUGAAGCAGUUGUUGACCGAAUGAAAUCGAUGCCAACUAAAGUCCGAUUCAUUGGUUUGAGCACAUGUUUAUCUAAUCCACUUGAUGUUGCAGAGUUCUUAGGUGUUUCUCGUCGUGGUACAUACAACUUCCCUCCACAAAUGCGCGCUGUUCCAUUGAAGACAUUCAUCCGUGGAUUCCCUGGUCGUCAUUUCUGUCCUCGAAUGGCAUCUAUGAACAAACCACUUUCAGAUGCUAUCCGUGAGUACUCUAAUGACAAACCAACACUUGUUUUCGUUCCAUCACGUCGUCAGACUCGUUUGACAGCAUUCGACCUUAUUUCAUACGCAACGAACAGAGGCGAACCAUUCUAUUACACUACACCAGAGACCGCAUUGGCCAGCCAGAAAGUUCAAGACCAAACAUUGUCACAUGUCUUAGUUUAG